CUUUCUUUUAUUGGGUUAUACAGCAAGGCAAUCAUUUAUUGACUGAAACUAUAAGAAAAGAGAGAGCAUAUAGGGUCUAGCAGCUUCCCCAGAGAUGUAUUUCACAGUCUUCUUCCUCAUGCUUCUUGGAACAGCAUGGUGUAGAUUAUCUGGACCAAAAGGACGAAAAGGAAAAGAUGCCAAUGAUGAUAUACGGCUAAAGGGAUAUUGUCCAACAACAUAUAUUGCGGGUGACCCUAAUGUCCCCAUCACCUAUGACAUCGAUCCCUGCAAUGCUACAUUACCACAAACUCCACAAUGCUACUUCUAUCAAUGCGAACGUGGGGAGUAUGAAAAGUUCCGCUGUCCUGAUGGACUUGGAGUUAGUUCAGAUUUUGUUUGUCAAUACAAGAAGAAAGGAACGGGUUCAAAUGUCAAUCCAUGUACAGUCCCAUUUAAGGACUGUACAAUGUCACUGGAAGAAAAGGGUCUCAAUGACCGGGAAAUUGAUGUAUGUGGAAUUGACCUUGUAAUUGCUGUUGAUGUCAGCUGUUCUGUUGAAUCUGUCGACAAAAUUAUAAUGAAACAGUUUAUAACUAGAGUAUUGAAGAAGCUACCAAUAAAACCAGGACAAACACAAGUUGCUGGAUACACAUUCUCAAAGGAGUUGAAACAUAUAACAUUCUUGAAUGAAUUCAAUAUUAAAAAAGAGGUGAUUGAACGUUUUGAGAAAUAUUCUAUUGAUGGCAAACCCUGUGGAACUGCAACAUAUGAUGCUAUAGAACAAGCUAGAAAUGUUUACUUUACUGAGGCAAAUGGAAGAAGAAAAAACAAAAAGGGAAUCUUCUUAAUGAUGUCUGAUGGAUUUACGAAUCCCCCAAAUCGAGUAAAUGACACCCUAGCACAAAUUGAUAAAUUCAAAGAAGAGUACCCAAAUGUGAGACGAUGUGUAAUAGGUCUAGACAAUAUUAGGCAAAAAGAACUUGGAAAUAGAGGCAUUGAUGGUAGCAGUGAGUGGAGUAGAUUAGCUGAUCCUGACUGCCUCUUUGUGGAAACAUUUGACAAACUGUAUGAAAGAAUUUAUGAUAUUACAAGAAAAUCAUGUGAAAAAGUGUAAAUCACUUCUGAAGAUGCUUCAAUUAUGUUGAAGUUAAUUAUAACAUUUGCACAUGAUCAACUUGGACAUGAAAGGUGCACUAUGUACUUUGUGAUGAAUCUUGUAUGUCAAUAUUAGGCAAUAAAGUUUGUGAUAAUGAAAUAAACAA